CCCACCCACACCCUCUUCUCUCCCUGCUCUGCCCCCAUAGGCUACUCUCCCCUCUCUCUUUCCCGGCCGAGGAGCGUCACGCAGUUGUCCAGUGCGUCUCCUCAGCAACUCCAGGAAACCGGAUCGCAGGGAAUAUCAUUCAAAGAGGGAAAAAAGCAGAAGGUGGAGGAGUAGCCUAGACUACACAACAGAAACCGGGAAAGUUGUCUAGGGAAGAGGGGUCUCCCCAAAACCUGAGCCAUGAGUCGCAGCAUCGUGCGGCAGAGUAAGUUUCGCCACGUUUUUGGCCAGACGGUCAAGGCUGAGCAGGGUUACGAUGACAUCCGUGUUUCCAAGGUGACGUGGGACAGCUCCUUCUGCGCCGUCAACCCAAAGUUUCUGGCAGUCAUCGUUGAAUCCAGCGGAGGAGGAGCUUUCCUGGUCCUGCCGCUCUCUAAAUCAGGUCGUGUGGAUAAGAAUUAUCCGCUGGUGAUCGGCCACUCUGGACCUGUCCUCGAUAUCGACUGGUGCCCUCAUGAUGACAACAUCCUGGCCAGCUGUUCCGAGGACUGUACUGCGAUGGUGUGGCAGAUCCCAGAUCGCUCUCUGACCAGCCCCAUCUCCGACCCCAUUGUGAUCCUGGAGGGACACUCCAAACGUGUUGGCAUUGUCACCUGGCACCCCACCGCACGCAAUAUAUUACUCACUGCGGGCAGUGAUAACUUGAUUAUAAUCUGGAACGUGGGAACAGGCGAGCCCCUCAUCACCAUGGAUGACCACCCAGACCUCAUCUAUAGCAUUAGCUGGAAUCGAAACGGCAGCUUGUUUUGCACCACUUGUAAGGACCGACGUCUGCGUGUCUGCGACCCCCGCAAGAGGGAGGUGGUUGCGGAACGUCUGGCUCCACAUGAUGGGAUCCGGCCAAUGAGAGCCAUCUUCACCAGAGACGGAAACAUCUUCACCACAGGAUUCACCAGGAUGAGCCAGAGAGAGCUCGGACUCUGGGACCCGACAAAUUUUGAGGAGCCCAUUGCACUGUUGGAGUUGGACACAAGUAAUGGAGUGUUGUUACCAUACUAUGAUGCAGACGCAAACAUGGUCUACCUCUGUGGAAAGGGAGACAGCAGUAUCCGUUACUUUGAGAUCACAGACGAGCCGCCAUACGUCCACUACCUCAGCACUUUCAGUAGUAAGGAGCCCCAGAGAGGGAUGGGCUUCAUGCCCAAGAGAGGUGUGGACGUCAGCAAAUGUGAAAUUGCUAGGUUAUUCAAGCUCCUUGACAAGAAGUGUGAGCCCAUCACAAUGACAGUGCCCAGAAAGUCAGACCUCUUCCAGGACGACCUGUACCCAGACACAGCGGGGCCUGAGCCCGCCAUGGAGGCUGAAGAGUGGCUGAAUGGCCGCGACGAAGAUCCAAUUCUGGUGUCCAUGAGGGGGGGUUAUGUGGCGCCAAAGAACCGAGAGCUCAAAGUGGCAAAGAAGAACGUGCUGGACUCCAGACCCACCACUCGACGUAGCAUGUCUGCUUUGGAAACCAACAGUCUGCCGCUCCCUUCUUUGUUUUGGUUUAUUCCUCCUAGUUGCUCACUGUCCUUGACCUGUUUUUCCUCUCUUUUUCUUUAUCCUUAAUGCCCCCCUUCUUGUACUUUUUUUCCUUUCUUCUUUUUCUGUUUCCCUUUUUUCGCCACUCUUCUCCUGUCCAGGUUGAGUUGCAUGAGAGGUUGUUGGAGGAGAUUCAGAAUCUGAAGGCCACAGUUUUGUCCCAGGAGAAGAGAAUCUGUGACUUGGAGAAUAAGCUUUCCCAGUACACCAAUGGGACUGCCUGAUGCAUUUAACACACCUUCUGAAGAACUGGUCUAAAUUACAGAAUUACUAUCUACAAAACUACUAUAGAAAUACAUUUCCCUUUUUAUUGACAAGGAACCACUCACCUAAAUACUUUAAAUGUGUUGCCCCUCUAAAAUGUACCAUUGUGGAAGAAUAUGAAUGUGGACAAUGUAAAUGCAUAUUGACGGUCCAACAAAUUCAAACAAUUACAUCCGUAUCUAUUUUAAUUGUUUUGCAGUUGAUUCUACAUAA